CAUACUAAAACAAUAUCCCGGAAAAAAGAAAAAUAAUGCAUUUCAAUAUCAACCGUACUUUCGUUUUGACAACUGACGACAGAAAUGAUUCGAUGUAAGAUUUGAAUCUAAAUUUAGUUUUAGUGCAGAUUUGUUUAUACGACACAUGAACACUGACUCCGAUCCUAAUAAAAAUACAGUUCCGCUCGGCUAAGAGGACUGGAUUUAAUGAUUCGACGCAAUGACUGAUCCAACAUACAGCAACACGCUUUUAGCGCGUCUUUUCGAUCGUGCCAAGCAGCACACCAAUGACAGACGCAGGGCGGCCUACGUCAGGUACAUCAACGCAGGCCUCGAGGUGCUCGGCAAGGAACGUGUCUAUCUCGUUGGAAGUACGGGCGAAAAUCUAAAUCUUCGAUUACCGAGCGAUCGCGGUGACGCGGACUUUCUUCUGGUAUCCGGUAGACUAGAAGUUCCUGUCGCUAACAUCGAGUAUCGUCUCAAUACACCACUGUACCUGUGGAUCCGGGGUAAGGGUCUGGACAUGCGCUAUUGUGGAAGACUCGUGGAUGACACGCAUCUGUCCGCGGACAUGCUGCGCACAAUCCAUCCGAUGCUGUUCACUAUGAUACGGGCUCUUUGCACCAUUGUCACUGCCCCGCUUCAGUUUGUACCUGGGCGAUAUUUGAUCCAUACCUGUAUAGGUAUGCCUUCCAGGGUAGGAAUAGCAUUCACUGAAUUCCGUCAAGUGAAAAUAGAAGACACAGAUUCUUUGCGUAUGGGUCCUAAUGCUGAAAAGAUAAGGCAAGAAGAAGUGGAAGCAAAGCUUAAACGACGGCAAAAUAGUGUAAAGAUGAAAGACAAAGAUGCCAAAUUAUUCAAGCGCGUGCAGAAAAUGGCUUCAUUUUCAAAGACGCCUUCAACGAGAGGCGAACAUCAUGGACGGAAUGUUUUCCUGGCCACCAUGAUCGACGAGGCAUUGCGGCGAAAUUCUGGGGUUAUCCAAUCAGAAGGAGCUUGCAAUUCAGAAAUGGAAACUAUAUUUCAAGAUGUGUCAGAUGAGCAUGAUAACGAAUUUAUUGGUAAAGUCAAAGCCACCUACGAUGAUAUUGCUGGAAAAGAUUUCGUUCCAGCACUGCGAAUAGAUGGUAAGUUGUCAUGCAUUGAGGAAUUCUGCAGACGAGUUCAAAGUGCAAAAUGGCCUCCAAGGAAUGUUGUCAACGACAUAGACAACAAAUGCGAGUUCUUCAUUAUUGCUCGCGAUGCACCUUUUAACCCAUCAAAAGAAAAGGAUUUCUGUUUGUCGUUUAAUCUGGCCGAAAUCAUGUUGAACCAAAACCUGCCUCCAACUGCUAAAAGGGUGUACAUCCUCAUGAAAGCCUAUCUUAAAGGAAUUUUCAAGAAAACGUUUGACUCGAUCGGUCGAUUUAAUCCCAUCAAAUCGUACUACAUGAAAACUUCAAUAUUUUGGACAUGUGAAAUAUAUGCCAACGAACUAUGCUGGAAUGAAACAUCAGAGCAUAGUAUUUUGGACGCCGUUCAGAUCGUCCUCAGGUUCCUUCUUGGUUGUAUUAAGGCUAAGAAAUUGCGACAUUAUUUCACAGAAAGUAAUCUAUUUGACGGGGUUGCCGAUCUGGACUUAGAAAUAGCCGGAGCGUGCAUCUAUGAGAUACAGGCAGGUCCGUUUGAAAAAGUGCAGGAUUUCUUUGACGUAGAGAGGGAACACAAACGUGAGGUUUUGCUUGAUCACGAGGCGGCGAGGCGUAUUUUAUCACUACAACGAGAUGGUGGAAGGAGAGAAUGCUUAAACCGUCUUGACGACUCAUUUAUAGAUAUGGCAAGAGCAUUUAACGACGCCAGUUGUGACCCAUCCGGUGAUUCGAUUGUGAAGGAGAUUGUACUACGUGUUGCAGAUACAUUGUUUGAGGAACAAAAACAAAGAGCGAGCGCCAAGAAGGCUGACAAAAGCGGACACCGUAUUUCGGUUUUAGGCAAAACAUCAAAUAAAUGUGUAGGUCAACGCGAUUUGUCAAAACCCAAACUAAAACAGGCACCUCUAACUAAACUGUUUAAUAAUUUUGUUACCAACGACGGAGCUGUUAGUCAUGGUAGUGGAGAGGCAAGUCAACGGCUUGGUGACCUUUUGGCGGUCGGAUCCCUUUUCCCGGUCGGACGGGAUUUCAUUAACAACAUCGGUGGCGAAAAAGGUGCUAAGAAUGUUCUUGAGCAAGUUGAUGCGCAGGAAUCGGACUCUGAGGAUCGGCUAAGAAAUACUGUUGAACGAUAUCUAACCUGCAAAGACGAAGAAGAACCGACGGUAGCGAUGGAACUUAAACAAAUGAUUGCGGCUUAUUUCCUAGCAAAUGAUGAUGAGUUCAUGUAAAUAUAAAAGUGUAAAUUACAAGUUAAAGUUUUAAUUUGUCCAAUUACAAACGUCUAUCGAGAGCAACUUUACAUGUAUUAUUGUAUAAAAGUUUAAUCCAAUUUAAAUUUAAGUAUGUUAAAAUUGUGUUUUAGUGUUCAAUGUUUAAAUAAAUUAACAUCAAUAUGAAAUUUGCUUAUUUCAGUUACGCUUGAAGUUGAAUGCUUAUCUUAAUUUGUUAAAAGGGACUUUUGUCCACAGUUUGGCAAAAUUACAAUUUUAAUCGAUUUUUUCUUGCAAAUAUAUGUAUUACCAACAUAGCGUUUGAAAAAAAACUUAUUUUGAAAAAAAACAAAACUUGUGUGAUGCAAUGGUAAGCUUGGUGAAUUUUGCUUCCAGUUGUCCCGUGUUGGAAACCUCGUGGUAUGCGAACUUUUUACUUAACUUAUGUCCUUACUACUAUAAAUAUUUAAACCAUUAAUAAUGUUUUAUAUUUGUAAAUAGAUGCAUGUAAUUACAUUUUUAAAAUAUCGAACUAUGAAUAAUUCCCCUUAAUAAGUCAAUUUAACACACCUAUCAAACACAUAGUUCCAUUAUAAUUGUUGUAAUUUAUACUGGGGAUUUUUGUACUGGUUGUAACUUUAGUUGCAUUUAUAAUGCUCUGCACUUUUAAAUUAUUACGUAUAUAUCACAUUAUCAAAUUACUCAUAUUUGUAAAUAAAAGGUUUUUUUUUGUUGCACAAAGUAUGUUCUUACAUGUACAAAUCAUUUUAGUAAGAGAUAGUUAUGCAUCGUGUUACCUAAUAACAGGCUAUGUUUGACUUAAAUUGCCGUUUGAAAUGUACUGUCAAAACUGUAUUUGAAUGUCAUUUAUCAAUUGCCAUAAAUGAAUGUAGAUGGUCUGUUCCUAAAUGUCUUUUGCGACAAUAUGGCUGUAUUUUACGAAUUGUAAUGCAUUAAAUGUCAGUAAGUAUGUUAUAUUUACUCAUAAUAACUGCUGUGCUUGUUUACAUCAUAUACGACGACGUUCGAACCAUCUACAUUUUUGAUUUCGUAGGUGGUCUGUAUAAAAGUUUUGAAAUGCUUGUUAGUUAAUACCCAAUUAAACAUUGAAUUAAACAGUGUACUGUGGUCAGAGCCUUAAGGCUGAGUAUAUUUUCGUGUCGAAUAGGUAGCAAGCAAUGGCCAAUCCUUUUGUCAUUGUUACAAGCAUGAACCAUAAUUGGCAUUAUUUUAUUACAGCUGUUAGGUAGCAAAAUAUACGAAAACAGUUCCACUACUAUCACGCAUUGUUCCAUUACUCCCAAACAACAAUUACCAACUGCUGUAUAAACUGCUAAAAUCAUGAGCUUGUUACUCGUGAACGAAUUUUGUUACUUGGGUUAGAACAAAAUUAAGUAGUAAUAUUAUUACAAUGGCCAUAUGAAAACCUUAUAUACGUAAAAUACAGUAUUUGUAUGCCCCCCCUUCGAAAAAGAGGGGGUAUAUUGUUUUGCUCAUGUCGGUCCGUAUGCCCGUAUGUCCGUUCACCAGAUGGUUUCCGGAUGAUAUCUCAAGAACGCUUACGCCUAGGAUCAUGAAACUUCAUGGGUACAUUCAUCAUGACUGGCAGAUUACCCCUAUUGAUUUUGAGGUCACUAGGUCAAAGGUCAAGGUCACAGUGACUCGUUCUUGGAUGCAGUUUAGGACCACAUUUGCAGAUUAUAUUAUGUACUGGUGUGGUGGGGUCUCCGUCCCCACCAGAUGGUUUUCGGAUAACUCAAGAACGCUUACACCUAGGUUCAUGAAACUUCAUAGGUACAUUGAUCAUGACUGGCAGAUGACCCCUAUUGCUUUUCAGGUCACUAGAUCAAACGUCGAGGUCACAGUGACUCGAAAUAAUAAAAUGGUUUCCGGAUGAUAACUCAACAAUACUUACGCCUAGGAUCAUGAAACUUCAUAGGUACAUUGAUCAUGACUGGCAGAUGACCCUUGAUUUUCAGGUCACUAGGUCAAAGGUCAAGGUCACAGAGACUCGAAACAGUAAAAUGGUUUCCGGAUGAUAACUCAAGAAUGCUUACGCCUAGGAUCAUGAAACUUCAUAGGUACAUUGAUCAUAACUGGCAGAUGACCCCUAUUGAUUUUCAGGUCACUAGGUCAAAGGUCAAUGUCACAGUGACAAAAAACGUAAUCACACAAUGGCUGCCACUACAACUGACGUCCCAUAUGGGGGGCAUGCAUGUUUUACAAACAGCCCUUGUUAUAUAUUGAUGUAAUUAAUUAGCUUCGUUACAACGUAUGGUUAUAAGAAAUAUAAAAUUACAUAUAUAUUAUCGAUAGUUAUUAAUUUAAUACUCCAAUAUUUAAUAAUGCAUGCAUGUAUUAUUGUUAUAAAAUGUAUUCUUUUUUUGUAUAAUCGACUUUGUAAACACUGUAUGAUUACUUGUCCACAUGUUUUUUUGCCUUCUGUAUGUAUUGUUUAAGAAACUGCAAACUGUAUGAUAGUACUGGUGUUUCAGCAAGUGAGUUAGUUAAUUUACUGUAAAUAAGUAUAUAUGUAAACAGACCACCAAUAAAAAUUGAAUAAUCAAAUUCCAUAAAUAUAUAAAAUUAUGGUCAUCUAUUAAAGUUUUGCUGAUUUUGCAGCUUUCAUUAAAGGAUUACAACAAAGAUAUUUGAAAUAGACAGCUGUUGCUUUAUUCGUUGAGUGUGUCGGUGGAUAUGGACGUGUCAUAUAUAGUACAUGUAUUUGCCAUACUAUUUGGCACUUCGUUGCUUGCCAUAAAUAAAGGACCACGUUCUAUAACAAGUUUCUUUUUCCUAACUCAGCUGAAGUUUCUACUUGUUUUGAAAUCUUAUAUAUUAUGUACACAUACAGUUGAUACACUGCACACAGUUAAAUAAAUAUAUGCACAGAUUAAAGAAAAUAUGUCGGAGAUGAAGCUGAAACAAAACAACAUCCUACUUCUCCCUUUAAAACAUUUGGGGUUAGCGGGUACAUAUAAAGUAAACAAUAUAAUAUAAUGCACUAUUGAUUUCAACAAUUUUAGGCAACUGGUAUAUACUACAGCAACGUUAUCAUAAAGGAACAAUAAAUAUUUGUUGAGAUCCCCUUUACAUUGUUUUAUGCCAAACACACAAUAUAUUGGAAAUGCAUUUUCUAAACGAGACGAUUUAAAAGCCACAUAAGUAUGGAAUCCGGAUAGUGCAUCUAUAAUCUCGCACUUCUUUCAUCAAGGGCGAUACUAGACACACGAAGCGAUACUUG